AUGCCUAUUGGAGGCAGAGAGCCAAACAGCACUGGCUUAAGGAGGCGGAUGCUAAUACGAAAUUUUUUCACAGAGUCUUGUGAUUUUCCGCCCGGGUUGACUGAAACCGAUAUUGUUUUGAUCCCUAAGAAGAACACCCCUGAGCUUGUAACUGACUUGCGCCCUAUAGCUCUCAGUAAUGUGGUCUAUAGAGUUAUGGCAAAGAUGUUGGCUAAUAGAAUGAAGCCAUUGAUGGAAGGAAUAAUAUCUGAGUCACAAAGUGCUUUUAUCCCAGAUAGACUGAUAACGGAUAAUAUAUUAUUAGCUGCGGAAGUGGGCCAUUUCCUGAAUAGAAAGCAGUGUGGGGUGGGGGGAUGGAGUGCUCUCAAACUGGACAUGGCAAAGGCAUAUGAUCGGGUGGAAUGGUCUUUCCUCCCCAAUGUGGAGGAAGCAGGUGAGAUUAAAAGAUGCCUAUCUGUAUACGAGGAUUUGUCUGGCCAGGCAGUUAACUAUCAUAAGUCGAGUAUAUGUUACAGUAAGAAUACAAGUAAUGUUGAUAGGGAAAAUGUGGCUCAGAUUUUGGGAGUGACACAGGCUCCGAAUUUUGGCAAGUAUUUGGGACUCCCCUCUUUUGUUGGAAGACACAAAAGGGCAGUUUUUGCGUAUGUUGAGGAUAAAAUCCGUCAAAGGAUUGGGUCAUGGAAUAAAAAACUGCUCACGCAGGCGGGUAAGGAAAUUCUUUUGAAAACUGUAGCACAAUCUAUGCCUACGUUUUCAAUGAGUGUUUUUUUGCUACCUAUAUCUGUGUGUACGGCGAUAGAGAGAAUUAUGAAUCGGUAUUGGUGGGACUCUGGAACUGACAGGCGAAUACAUUGGAAGGCAUGGGACAAGUUGUGUAUCCCUAAGAAAUAUGGGGGGUUGGGUUUUAAAGAUUUGCGUGCUUUUAAUCUAGCAAUGCUAGGGAAACAGCGUGGCGAAUGUUGA